AAUCGAGAAGUGGCAAAGCCGUGCGAUUUUGUCGAAUCAGGGCUAUCUGUGGUGGUCCCUGAGCUAUCUCCAAUUAAUAAUUACCAAAUACCUACCUGACUGACUACUCAAAGACCCAAAUUUUAUUAACUUUUUCACUUCAAAACAAACUUCACGUCACGCAAUCGCAUCAGGAAACAAAUUCACAAUUCCGACCUAACAAUACAAACCUGUGACACCCGCUCACCAGAAAGACUCUUUUCUUAUCCCAAGUGUUAAAUAACCUGUUUUUUGCUCCUAUUUUUUGUUUACUCACUUGACAGGUGUUAUUUUUAAGGUCCCUUCAAUUACCACAUCGACCAAAAUGGCCAUCAGUGUAAUUACGAUUCUUCGAAUUUUUGCAACAAUAUACCCCGCUAUUAUCCUUGCAGAAGAGCUUCCCACGUUAAGUCGAAAACUUGACCCCGAUUCCCUGAAGCAACUUGACAUGGGACUUCGGAAGGCUUUCGGCUUUACAGACCCCCAGUUUAAAGCGAGAAAAAGAAGGAGCUCGGAAGCUUCUGUGGUGCCCCAGUUCAUGGUGGAUUUGGCCAAUCAGGAAACGACACACCAUAGAGACUUGGAGCCGAACGAUGACUUCACAUUUUACGGAAACAUCAGAAGCUAUCAUCCACUCAAUUAUGACAUCGAAGAAGUUGCAACUUCUCAUCAAAGACAUCUGAAGUACAACUUGGAGACAUUUCCACCGGACGAAGUCCUGCAGAAAGCAGAACUGAAAUUAUUCACAGAAGCAGUGGAUCCCUUUGGAAACGCAUCACACGUCACAGUACAUGUAUACGAAAUUUUAUCCAAUGCCGAUGAAGACAAGGUCAUCAAAUGCGAUGACAGUAAAGAGAAGAAGAAGUUGAUAGAAAGUCGAAAAUUGUUGACCGAAAGUGAAGCUAAGUGGAAUUCCUUCGAUGUUACAGAAUCCAUUAAAAGUUGGAUGGCGACGCCGAGCGAACUGCGUUGCGGGUUUUUGAUCAACAUUGAACCUCUGCACAGCAGCAACGAAAUUCACAGUUUUGAACAUAUAAAACUCAAAAUGAGCAAAUAUAAUCUCGAAUCUGUCCAAGAGUGGAUGCGAUUGUAUGAGCCAGUUUUGGUGUUGAAAUCACGUGACCAGACGCAAAUGAAUGAGCCUUGUCGGCAUAAGUCUAAAGAAGUGGGACCAAGCUCGCGGAUAAGCGACCAGAAACAGUUAAGAAGAAGAAGAAACGUGAUUCAGGGAAGUUUUGAUCAGAGUGAGAAAGCUAGAAAACUGGAAAGCAUCCGGAGCCAACUUUGCAACAGAUAUCUCUUCUACAUCGACUUCUCCCAGAUCCGCUGGGACGAUUGGAUCCUGGCUCCUCCUGGAUUCCAGGCAUACAUCUGCAUCGGAUCCUGUCCUUUCCCCCUGGCACACCACGUGAACUCGACCAACCACGCAAUCGUCCAGACAGUUGUGAACUCCUUCCGACCGCAUGUUGUCGGACCCUCAAGAUGCAUCCCUACAGAGCUCAGCUCAAUAAGUCUGUUGUUUUUGGACCAGAACAACUCCCCAGUCCUGAAGAGCUACAAGGACAUGGUGGUGCAAGCAUGUGGAUGCAGAUAAACCCCCCUUUUCCCCCAUUUUUGAAAAAAAAACAAUCCCAAGAAUUCAAACAGAUUACUGUUGAUCAUGCAAAUUAAGGACUCGAAGUCUAUCUGUUCUGUUGAGUUGACCUGACGGACUCGGAAAAUAUCCGAUUGAUGAUUUGUUGGACUUGAAAAGGCAGCUCAGCUAAGUUGUUGUUUUUGAUAAUGCACAUUAGAAAUUUGUCAAUUUGUCAAUUUUAAUAUUGUAAUUAUUUUUAUAGAGGUUAUUUCACUUGAU